CCAACUCAGUUUCAUACACCCUUUGCUUUCUUCUAUAAUGCGGAUUUUCAUCUAUUUUCUUGUUCUUUGCAAUGCAAUCUGCACUCUAAUGGCUUAUGAUAUUCGAGAUUUUGAAGUAAUCCGACAGAACGCUGUUCGAAAUAUUGCAAGUCUAGAGAAUAUUCUUGAACAAAGACUUCCUUCUCACAGACAUCAUAAAAGUCCAAAGAGUCGACGAAUUGGUGGAAACAUUGUAAUGGGUUAGAAUCACCAUAUUUGAUCUACUUUAAUUGUUGCACUUCUUCACAUCAUUUCAUCAUUUUCCUGUUACAGUCUAAACGGGUCUCACAACGACUUCCCCUUCUCAUCGGGUUCCAUUUCUACUAUAUUGUAGUAUAAACAGACCACUGUGUAUUUUUUUUUGAUUUUUUGAUUUUUUUUUCUGUAAACUUAGUUAAGUUUCGAUUAGUUUUAUUUAUUGAAAGAAUAACGACAAUAAAUCGUUUAAAAGCUCAU